AUGGUUGUUAUCGGCUUCUGCCGGGAGCUGGAAGUCAACUGUCUCCCGGGUGAACGAGGCUGUUGCAACGAGGGUAGGCAAGUGCAGGUUUGCCCUCCUGCAGAUGUGGUGCGCAGAAAGUCAAAACAGAAGCCACCCCCCAAGAAGAAGAUGACAGGCUCCCUAGAUGCCCAGUUCACCUGCCCCUUCUGCAACCACGAGAAGUCUUGUGACAUGAAAAUGGACUGGGCCCGCAACACCAGAGUCAUCUCUUGUACCAUGUGCCGAGAAGAAUUCCAGACGCCCAUCACUUAUCUGUCAGAACCAGUGGACGUGUACAGUGAUUGGAUAGAUGCCUGCGAGGCAGCCAAUCACUAG